AUGGGAACGCCCAACGAAAGUUAUUCUUCGGAAGACGAGAAUUACGACCCAUAUGAAAGUCCGCAUCCAGUCUUCGCUUUCCCCAAUUACUUUGUCACCGUUCGUAUAGGCAGAUUGCCCUUUGUCCUAGACACCGAGAAUGGGGACCGUGUGCCAGCCUUUUUAUUUGCUCUUUUCAGGAAAAUGCAUGUGGAACACCUAGCCACUCUUACUUUAGAUCCGCCGUAUUCUUUUCUCAUGCUACUUAACUGCUGGAGGUCAGUGCCACCCAUGGAAGCUGUUCGUCUAAUUGCCGAUUUUCUAAAAAAUACAGCUAGCAGUCUCGAGGAUUGUAUGGCAGUACUAAAUUGUCAAACACCUCUUUUUAACUUUUAUGUGCUCAGAAGCCUUUUAAGGGACGCCCAACCACCACUUCUCUACCUUGACUAUGAUACAUGCGUAACUAUGGAGGAGUCAAAUGUGGUCUUCCCGCUGGGUACCUUUGCUGAUACUAGAAUGGAAGGCAUCUUUCCCAUGAACAUUUCCCAGGAGGAAUUGUUACUUCAGUACGACAUAGAGACCAAUCCGUUAGGCUACAAUCAACGAUUGUCAAUGCAGAUGACUGCUGUAAAUUGUCACAUUUUUAAGGAACUUAUGUGCAUCCCAUAUGCUUUCCAUCGCGCCGUGGUGCGUUUUAUCCUCUACAAUCUUUGCGCCUUGAUACGAGAAGUAGCCAUACGGGAAAACGAAAGUCUUAACGAAGAAGUUAAUGUCUUUUUCAUGCCCAGGAUGGUAUUUAGAAGUAGAUUUCUUCAAUUAAUUGUUUGGAAAAUGGCUAAUUACAUUGCAGAUGAUGUAAUUACAUUGGACACACGUUGGGUAAUCCAUAAGUAUCUUGAAAGUGAUCUGCCACCACAAGUGGACAUACCAACAUGGAUGGAUGAGGAGGAGGCUAAACUGAGACGAAGGGCUCUGAUGAAUAUACUCUGUGCUAACAUAAAUUGCCUUUGGUUGCGUGGUUGCACACUUGAGCAUUUUUGUUUUGACGAAGCCUCAAGGGCCGUUGUUGAGCUGUUUGCUGCGGAAUGGGCAGGACAUGCUUCCUCCCUUAACACCACCCAACAUCAGUGA